AAGUUCCAGUCCGUGGAGGCGCAGUGCGGUCGCCCCAGGACGCAGAUGAUGGCGGCAGAAGUGCCCAGAGCGGCCGCCCCACUGGGCCCUGUGGUCCUGCGGCCUCGGGAGGGCGAAGGCCAGGACGAGGCCACCGCCACGGUCCUGGAGGACGACUGUUGGGUGCAGGAGGCUGUGCUGCAGGAGGACGGGCCCGAGCCCGGCACUUGCCGCACGGAGGGCGCUGCCAGGCUGGGGCAGGUGGGGCUCGGUGUCACAGCCACGCUGUCGCCCGCCAGCCCUGGCCACGCUGCCUGCUUGGAUUGGGGCUUCCUUCCCCAGGAAGCGCCCCGUGCCUUGCGCAGCCCCCAGACGGCGCUAAACGUCACUGUACCACGACUGGCUGUCACGUGUCCAGGCUGGCCUUGGCGCAGCAGUCAGUCUUCCGAGGACAGGUGGAACAAGGGCCAUCAUCUCCCCUCUGCCGGGGGCUCCUGGUGCACUCCUGACUGUCAGGCCAGAGAUUUUGAAAUCCAGAGUGAAAAUGGGGAGAGCUGUAAUCAAGAUCCAUUUGAGGACACUGAGCCCCAUGAGAUGUUCUUGGACGUGCCUGAAGGGGAAGGCGCCCAGCGGUCUGACUGGGAUGCUGACCUGGAGAGAGACUGCAGUGCGAGAGGCCGCCAGGGAAACAGCCCUGGGGGGGGCCGCAGGGAGAUACGCUCCCAGGGCAGGGAAGUCGGGCAGCUCAUUGGCAUCCAGGGCACCUAUCUGGGUGAGAAGCCCUAUGAAUGCCCCCAGUGUGGGAAAACCUUCAGCCGCAAGUCCCACCUCAUCACUCACGAGCGGACCCACACGGGAGAGAAGUAUUACAAGUGUGAUGAGUGUGGAAAAAGCUUUAGUGAUGGCUCCAACUUCAGUAGACACCAGACUACUCACACUGGGGAGAAACCGUAUAAAUGCAGGGAUUGUGGGAAAAGCUUUAGUAGGAGUGCAAACCUCAUAACCCACCAGAGGAUCCACACUGGGGAGAAACCUUUCCAGUGUGCAGAGUGCGGCAAGAGUUUCAGCAGGAGCCCUAACCUGAUUGCUCACCAGCGCACCCACACGGGAGAGAAGCCCUACUCGUGCCCCGAGUGUGGAAAGAGCUUUGGUAACCGGUCCAGCCUCAAUACACACCAGGGGAUCCACACGGGGGAAAAGCCCUACGAGUGUAAAGAGUGUGGGGAAAGCUUCAGCUACAACUCCAACCUGAUCCGACACCAGCGGGUCCACACCGGAGAGAAGCCGUACAAGUGCCCUGACUGUGGGCAGAGGUUCAGCCAGAGCUCGGCCCUCAUCACCCACCGGAGAACCCACACGGGAGAGAAGCCCUACCAGUGCGGUGAGUGUGGGAAAAGCUUUAGUCGCAGCUCCAAUCUGGCCACACACCGGCGAACCCACAUGGUGGAAAAGCCCUAUAAGUGUGGGGAAUGUGGGAAGAGCUUCAGCCAGAGCUCCAGCCUGAUUGCUCACCAGGGCAUGCACACGGGAGAGAAGCCCUACGAGUGCCUGACAUGCGGAGAGAGCUUCAGCUGGAGCUCCAACCUCAUCAAGCACCAGAGGAUCCACACGGGAGAGAAGCCCUACAAAUGUGGCGAAUGUGGGAAAUGCUUCAGCCAGCGCUCGCAGCUGGUGGUGCACCAGCGGACUCACACGGGUGAGAAGCCCUACAAAUGCCUCAUGUGUGGUAAAAGUUUCAGCCGGGGCUCCAUUUUAGUCAUGCACCAGCGGGCCCACCUGGGAGAUAAGCCCUACAGGUGUCCCGAGUGUGGGAAGGGCUUCAGCUGGAAUUCAGUUCUGAUUAUCCACCAGCGCAUCCACACGGGAGAGAAGCCCUACAAAUGCCCUGAGUGUGGCAAAGGCUUUAGCAAUAGCUCCAAUUUUAUUACACAUCAGAGAACUCACAUGAAGGAGAAAGUUUACUGACGCAGCAAGAGAACACGAGGGUCUGGCCCCAGGGAGGGAAUCACCAGGCUGCCCCCAAACGGGGAUGUCCCUUUAAAAGCUCCUGUUAGAAGAUGCCCUUUGGGGUUUCUGUCUGGUGGCCAGGGUAGCUUCCUUAGUGUCAGCUCUACCCUGAGAACUGCACAGGUGUAGGGAGUCGGACGCUUGGGUCUUUGGUAGGACAGGGACGUGACGUUCGUGUCAACUAGAAGACUGUCUGGCUCGUGGCUCUGGGUGAGCCUCAGAGAAAGCCAAGCCUGUUGGGUGGAAGGUGGUCUUGUGGCCACAUUGUGGGGCUCCAGUGCCUUUACCCCAAGUUGCCAGAGUAACAGGUCCUGGGCUUGGCAGACCUGGCCUCCGCCUUGGCGUUGUGGGCUUUGAUUUCAGGUCAGGGUCAGGGCUUCUCCAGUUCUGAGUGCUCCAGUGAGGGGAAAGUAGUCUGUUUCUACAGAGUGUCAGGGAACAUAGGUUGGGAGUGAAGCCUGGACCCAGCGUUAGGUUUUGCUUCCUGAGCAGUGGUAAUGUAGUUGUCAGGGGAACAACUUGUUUUUGUGGGGUUUUGGUUUUUGAGUGUGAAGUUGAGUCUCUCCCCACAGAUGUAGCCACUUGUCAGUUCCCAGUUCCUGUUUUUUAAAAACUCUGUGCAGAUCUGGGGUUCUAGACAGUAGCUUUUGAAUGCCGAGAAUGUUAUUUUGAAGGAAGUGUUGACUGUGAGGACGGCCUUCCCUUGGAGAGAUUUGCCAGUUAGGAAUUUGUCACUUUUGCUCUUGGGAUGCUGCUGGGACUUUGUUCUUGCGUCCCUGAGCUUUGAAACAGGAAGGACGGGGAUGAUAGCAGAUGAAGGGUAGAUUAGACAGUGUUUCUGGGAAGUGUGAACCCUCCUGGCUUAGAAUGGAUGGAUGUCUACUGUUGCCUAAUAAAGUAAA